CGUGGGACUUUUCUUUCUCCUCCUCCUCCUCCUCCUCCUCCUCUCCUCCUCUCCUCCUCUUUUUCUCCUCAUCCAAAAUGCCCUCCCCCCCUCCGUCUGAAAAGUCCUCGCCGCUCUCGCCCUCGCCGGACGACGACGCGCUCAUCUCCUCUCCCAACGACCCCGCCAGCGCAACCACCGCUGCCACAACCAGCAGCAUGCUAAACGAGAAAGCCGUCAAGGACCCAGAAGAGCCCGACUCCGAGAGCCAUACCGACUCCGUCAUCGACCCGGACGAGUUCCUCGUCCAGUUCGAAGGCCCUGACGACCCCUUCUGCCCGCUCAACUGGACCUUUCGCAAGAAAGCGUUUACGACGAUGAUGUACGCGUGCUGCACCUUUGGCCCGCAGUUCUCGUCGUCGAUCUACGGCCCCUGUGUCGACGACAUUGCUUCUCUCUACGGCGUCUCGCACGAGGUCUCUACCCUUGGUGUCUCGCUCUUCAUUCUGGGCGUCGGAUUCGGCCCUAUGCUCUUCGCCCCCAUCUCUGAGGCUUUCGGCCGCAAGAUCGGCUGCGUCAUUCCCUUCUUCAUCUCUGGCAUCUUCGCCAUCGGCUGCGGUGCCGCAAACAACCUGCAAACCGUGCUCAUCAUGCGCUUCUUCCAGGGUCUCAUGGGCGGCGCCCCUGUUUCCAACUCUGGCGGCGUGCUCGGUGAUAUCUGGCGCCCGGAUGCGCGCGCGACCGCGUUAGUGUGCUAUGCGUUUGUCGUCGCGAGCGGGCCUACUGUCGCGCCCAUCGUUGGUGCGGCGAUGUCGGUCAGAUUGGACGAUGGCUGGAGAUGGACAGAGUACCUGUCUGCCAUCUACACGUUUGUCAUUUCGUUCCUGAUUGCAAUGUUUGUACCUGAAACCUACCACCCUGUUCUACUCUCGCGCAAGGCCAAGCAGCUACGGUUGAGCACGCAAAACUGGGCAUACCACGCCCACCACGACGAGUGGGAUCUGACGUUCCAGCUUGUGGUCACGAAGCACCUCAAGCGGCCUUUCCAGAUGCUCUUCACUCCGAUCGUCACCUGCAUGUGUCUCUAUGGCUCGUUUGCCUUUGGCCUGCUUUAUCUCGGCGUGGUCGCUAUCCCCGUGGAGUUCCGCACUAUUCGCGGAUGGAGUAAACUGCCGUCGAAUCUACCCUCGCUGGGUAUGUUUGUCGGUAUCUACAUCGGUGGUGUGCUAAACAUACUGGGCGGGAUCAGAUAUAAGCGCGCGAUGAAGGCAAACGGCGGAAAACCAGUGCCAGAGGAGCGGCUGAUCGUCAUGCGUCUCGGCUGCUUUCUGAUUCCAAUCGGCUUAUUCAUCUUUGGCUGGACAUCGGAUCCAAAGUACCCGUUCAUCGCGCCCAUUAUCGGCGUCGCGAUCAUGGCCUGUGGAUUCUUCACCUGCUUCCAAGGCUGUCUCAACUACCUCGUCGACGCAUUCACCGUCUACGCAGCCUCUGCCAUCGCUGCCGCCACCUUCUCGCGAUCGUGCAUGGCAGCCGCAUUCCCUUUGUUUGGAAAAGCGCUGUUUACGAAUCUGGGCGUGAACUGGGGCGCCAGUCUUGUUGGAUUUAUCGGGAUCGCUGGAAUCCCGAUCCCGUUCGUGCUGUAUAAGUACGGACCGACGAUUAGAAAGAGGAAUCCGUAUAGUAUAGACGGCACGAAGUAUUGAAGCUGCAUUCUGCAUUUUCGUCGCUCUUUUUUUCUCCUUUUUGCUUGAUUACAAUCUGUUUUUAGAGCAUUGCAUACUCGAGAGAGAACAUUGCAUGAGUUUACGGACUGGCGUUUGUUGAGGUUUUAUUUUUCUUCGUUGAGGUGGCAAGUUAUGUACCGUCAGCAUAAUCCGUAAUUUUUAAUUCUACUCUUUCCAUCUCUUUCCUUUCUGUAGUCAUAUCCGACGUAGAUAGACAAAGAUAGAAUGACAUUACACGCAUCCGAACAAUGCUAACAAAGAAAGUUAGUCAUAUUCCGUUCUGUGUCCAAAGCACAAACGCGUGAAGCGAAGCGAGCUGUCGGAAGUGUGGCGGUUUGGGAGGGAUGGCGGGUAAGGUUUACCGGAUCUACA